GUGGGAAGGAACUCUAAACGACAGAUCUACAGACUUCCAGGUGGAACUGAGCGAGUUAUCAACACCAAGUCCACCACAGUAGUGCAAGAUAUUAUCCAGGAAAUCUGUGAGGUUCUUGGUGUUCACAACAAACUUGAGAUGGAGGAGUUCUCUUUAUAUUGUAUUGUCGAAGGAGAUCCUUACACAAUGCCUUUGAACCGAGAAGAGUACAUCUUGGAUGUGACAACAGAACUACUGAAGAGUGGUCAAGUAUUCUACCUAAUUUUCUGUCGUUCUGUUUGGUACUAUCCUUUACGACUGGAUAGUCAACUGUAUAUUGAGGUCAUAUUCAACCAAGUUGCUCCUGACUACCUGGAGGGACUUCUACUCAUUAUGCCAGGAGAAAAACUGACAGAUGAUGUUGUGGUAGGUUGCUGAUUUAUUGUUAUAAUGUGACUAGUUGUAGAGAAACUGAGAGAUGAUGUAGUGGUAGGUGGAAAGAAACAGACAAGAUGAUGUAGGGACAAAUGUUUGUUAUUGUAUGACUAGGUGGAUAAAAGUGAAUGGUGAUGUAGGGACAAAUGUUUGUUAUUGUAUGACUAGGUGGAUAAAAGUGAAUGGUGAU